AUGCCUUCCUCCCCGCUCAACAAGAUCCUGCUGUGCCUGGGCCUGCUCUUGGCCAGCACCACCCCCGCCGCAGCCUGGUUCGCCGCUUUCUACGAUAUAGAAACGGGCUGCUCUGGGGAACAGAACCCAGAGCAGGCAAAGCGUCAUACUUUUCACAACAUCGUGUGCCAGAAUCUUGGCCAGCCGUCGCCCGAUACGGGUGUUGAGUGCAAGUACUUGACGAACGGCGUGAGUACACCCUCUGCUCCCUGCGGCGGCCAGGGCAACUUCGUUGCGAGAAGCGCCUCGAUCCGCGGAUUGGAGUACUGCGUCGGCUGGAUGGGACCCGAUUGCACUGGCGACUACGAGCUCAUGGCUAUCGAUGUGACGGGUACCUGUCACACUGGCACACAUUACAUGAGCUUCAAGUGUCUCCAGUAA